CGGGGAACAAAUUUUUCCCUCAAGAUUAUCACUAUAAUGAAUCAAAAAAAAAAAUCAAAAAAAAAAAAACUCCUAGCACCCAUGUCAUCGAUGAAAGUGCAAGGAAUCAUGAGCGGAUUGCAGGUACAAGUAGGAAUUAAUUUAUAUCUUCUUAACUGCUGCAGCGGCUGUGUCAGGUCAAGUCGCUCACGAUCAUCCCGUUCGGGUAUCGAUUCUAGCACAAGUUGGGUUCCCACUCAAAAAUAGUAUAUAUUGUCAGGCCUCUGCCCCGCCUCUCACAUUGGAAUAGAGGAAGAGGGAAAAAAAAAUACAAAAAAAUACAAAAAAAUAAUCUCGGUUUGGAAUUUUUUCACUCUUCCUCCUCCUCCUAUUAUAUACCUACUCCUCUCCCGCCCACAUGACCCAGCUCCCCCUAAAACCACUUCACUUAAGCUUUAUAGUAUAGCCUCUCUCCCCCUGCUACCCUUACCUUUCCCUUCGCCUCCGUCACUGCCGGUACAAUCGUACCACCACCACCACCACCACCACCGCUACCCUCACCGCUUCUUCCACCAACCGCCCCGCCUGUUCCCGCAGCGAACCCACACCUCAACAACCCUCUACCCCGCCAAGUUAAAGUGUUUCUACACGGGUUCGACGAGUUUUCAUACCGGCUCCACAUACUUGAUCCACUCGCAUUUCCUGCCGUAAUCUUCAGAUAACCAUCAAUAGUGAACAUGUCACAGUCCCAUUCUCCCCCAGCCCUGGAGGGCCCGGGAAACAAGCGACCCAGAGGUGAAAUUAGUGGUUUUCGACCUCCCCACUCGCACCGCUGCUGACAAUCCCGGACAGGUAUUCUCAAGAAUUCCGGCUCUUACCAUCGUUCCCCCACCGACAUGGGGGCCACGGCAGCCAUUCCACUCUCUCCCUCAUCCGAGAACAUCCCCGCCUCCAUCCCUAUGGAGGCCUCGCUUUCAGAGAAGGACAUUACCCUGCAGAAUACUCUCCAGAACGCUGGUCGUCGUCGCUCAUCCUCUAACCAGGCCGGACGCCCAGUCUCCCGUCGCCAAUCCUCCGCUCACGAGCUUGACGAGCAGGCCUCCCCUCGCCUCAAGUGGGACGAGGCCAACUUGUACCUGACCGAGCAGCAGAAAUCCAGCACCAUGAAAAUCACCGAGCCAAAGACCCCUUAUGCUAAGCGCUACAACCCUUUGGAGGACGAAGCUGAGUUGAGGAUUCUGGAUGCUGAGGAUUUGGUAGUCGACGAGCUUGACGCCAUGCAGGCCGAGGUGGGAGAAGCGUCUAGCUCCAUACCUAGGCGGAAAAAGAAAGAAUACGCUAUGCGUGACGAUGAUAUUCCCGGAUUGGAACUUGGCGAGCCUGAGGAGGCCGUUCCCGAGAACUCAUUGAAGGCCAGGGAGAGCCAUUCUCCAAAGCAAGUAGUCGUCAAGGACGACUGCUUUGACGAGCAUCACCACUGCCAUGGCAAUGACGAUGAGGGAUUGGAUACUCCUGAGGAAGAGGAGAAGCACAGGAAAUUCCAGGAGAUGAGGCGCAAGCACUACGAAAUGAAGGAGGUCGCCAAUCUUCUUGGGUGAGUUUUCUUUUUCCCCCUUUCCUCAGCUCUGAAUUGUACCAACUAAUUGAUAUAUAGACACCCGGAAGAACUCGACGAAGAAGACGAUGAUGGGGAUGUUCAGCUCGGGGAUGCCCCAAAUGGCGUCCCUCACGUCCCCAUGGUUCCCGUCGGUCUCGCCAAUGGUACCAGCGUCUAACGCCAAUUCCCCCCCACCGACAUUUUGUGGAGGCUGCUUCGGGGUCAUUGUUAGGAUCGGAAUGUGGUGUUUCGAUUAAACCAAGUAGUUUAUGCUCGGAAACAGAAUCAGUGCCCGGCAUGGGGAAAUGAACUUCUAAUUUCUAUCUUCCUCCUUUCAGUUUUCGUUCCUUCCAUCCUCGUGUCUUUAUACUAAAUGCUUGCUGGUCCAUGGCCAUUUCAAGCAACCCUUUUCUCCUUCAAUGUGUAUUUUUUUUAUGGCUCCUUUCCAAGCCAGAUCCAACCUUUGCUUCUUUUUUUCUUUUUUUAUAUUCCAUCUCCUUUGUCAAAUGGUUACUAUCCGGGAGGGUCUUGAAUGUGGAAUUUCUUGUACCAUGUCAUGAUUCGCAAUCGAAAACAAAAAAAAAAAAAAACCUUCGGUCUGUCCCUCACUCGGUUAGGUUAUCACAAGGAGGGACGGGUAGCUUGAUAACCGGAUAGAAUGUACUCGUAUUCAAUUGACUAGUAGCUUCUUCCGUGAAGAAGCAAGCUGUCCAAUUUGAUUACGGGAUGUUCACAAAUAGUCACUCGAAAUUUAGAUCCGAGCCGCACAAACAAGGCAGUUUCUUCUGUGAGCAAUGGAUCGGGAAUCGCACAAGUCUCUUUCGCUUGGACCGGCGCCGUGCCCUGGAGCCCUAACAAUCGACCGACUCCCAGCUGCGCUAAACACGUCUCAAUUCCUCCCACGACAGCAAUUCCCCUGACAUCACGGCAUACUGUACAAUACUGUACCCGCACUCCAACUAAAAACGAACGACAGGAGCCCCCAACUUGGAAACGAUUUCAGCAUUGACUGAACUUCCGUCAAUAUUUGCAUUACAGCUGGAUGCACAGAGGAAACGCUGUACACGAGCAAUAUUCGCCAUGUAUCCGUCUGUCUAUCAAUCAUCCGUACCAUGCCAUACCGGUGGUCACCUCAUGUAGUGCUUCUUCUUCUUUCCUUUUUUUCCCCUCUGCUCUUGCUAAUCUCCGUGGGGGAAUUUCUAUUGUGUAAAAUAUCUUCGCUCUUUGGAGCAACGACAGCCAUUUCCCCACGCCUACAUUAUAGAUUGUCUGUUGUCCUCUCGUUGCCCUACUGGUACUGCUUUCUCUAGAGAGCAUGUGCGCAUGGCACUGUACGAGUACUUGAGCAUGUGUGAAUGUAUGUAUCCCAUUCAUGAAACGCAGACAAUCAUCCUUCCGACCAGCUGCGCGAUUAAAUGGGUCUUCUCCUUCCUUCUAAGAACUAUCAACCAAUUCUAACACCGGGCAGAACGCCUGGAUAGGCGAAGAGGUCUUUGUGUAUCAUUGCAGUCUCUAGAGGAAUUGUUAGGUGCAUGAUACUUUAGCCAAAGUUCUAUGAGGAGGAGAGAAGGAAGGAAAGAAGAAAAAAAAAAACUGCAGAUUGUGAUAUUUAUUGGUUUGUGGGAUGUGCCAAGAUUUACACUUGUCGCGUGGGCUCGCGGGGAGUGGAUGAGUCAGCGAGGCGAGGCAGGGUAGGACUUCCCUCGGCUAAACGAAUUCGCUGAGGACCCUAUGCCUUCGGCGGACCUUUAAAUUUACGGCUUCUUGAGCUAAUCGACGAACCAUCUGUUUUUGUUCCGGUGUUGCCUUACUUACUGUACAUAGUGCUUGCCUCGGGCGAACGGACAUUUACCACUUCACCUACUCUUUGUGCGAUAGGAUGCUUUCGAGAGCUGCGGUUAGAUCCGCUUCCAAGGGUAUUUACUCUCCGUUUCUGACAGGGCGAUAGUCGCUAAUGCGAUCCCUUCACACGCAGGGCAAGGUCCCGUGCUCUCAAAGUUCACUCUGGCCACGGCCUACCCCACGGCCAGCACUGUACAGAGCAGGCACGAUAGCUCUCCACUCUCCCUCCCUACCAAUCUAACACACUCCAGAUCCACUGCAAGCGCCUCAAACCUCAGCAAUGACGAAGCCCAAUCCAUCCUCAAGGCCCAGCGCAAACUCCGCCCAAUCUCCCCACACCUAACCAUCUACCAACCGCAAAUCACCUCCUUAAUGUCCGGUGCGAACCGCAUCACCGGCGCCAUCCUCUCGACAUCGGCCUACGCGUUCGCGAUCGGCUACCUCGUCGCGCCGACUCUCGGCCUGCACCUGGAGUCCCAAACUAUCGCGGAGGCAUUCGGCGCCAUGCCCGACGCUGCAAAGAUCGGGAUCAAGGGGGUGCUGGCCUUGCCGUUCACUUAUCAUGCGUGGAACGGGGUUAGACAUCUGAUUUGGGAUACAGGCAAGAUGCUGGAUCUGAAGGGCGUGUAUACGGGGGGUUAUGUGGUUCUGGGGUUGACGGGUUUAAGUACGAUUUAUUUGGCAUUUGCUUAGGGUUGGGCCAAUGAAAUUGAUUAUCAAAAUUGCUUGAGCGAGAUGAUGGCUUAGGAAUUCUCACUUUCUCUCCCUCUCUCUUUCCAUUUUUUGAGUUACUUGGUGCGCUGGUGGCAGGGAAUUUGGGCUGCUGAUGAAUCUCUGGGGAGCAUAUACCGGUAUGUCGCGUGUGAGAUACUGUGACUUGAACACUGGUGUCCUUCUGUGGCUGGUGAGCCAAGUAAAUUAGAUUAUGGUACUACGAAAUAUCAGUGCACCACGAUAUGAAGAGCCCAGUGUCAGUGAAGAGUGCCAUUACAAAUGAUGGGUUUCCCGUUGCAUUUGGUCGGGGUAUUCCUCUCCCACAAGAUGGCGGGCUUUAGCAUGUGUGUGUAUCAUACAAGUACUGCAAACAUUAAUACGGGUUGGUGGGCGGGCAGCCGUGGGAUUCCGGGCCCACACCGGGAUUGUAU